UCAAUCCUGAAUGCUAGAUGGCGUUUGUGUUUCUUAUUUCUUUAUCACUUUGCAACCAUGGCCGAAGAUGCACAGCGCCGUGUUGAGUCUGCUCUCUCCAAUUUCGUCGAUGAAAUCGAAAAAUCCAAACUUCGAAAGAUGCAGCAGAACUCACCUCUAACAACCGGACUCAGAUCUAAUUCGCUAAUAAAAGGAGGUGCUUCAUCGUACUCCACUCCAAAUGAUCGGAAGGAGAAUAGAAUCGCUCUGGUGGACUUGUCGUCUAGCGUCGAUAUAGGCCAAAUAGUAGAAGAAGAUAUCAACGAAAGGAUGGCUCAUUUCUAUGUCUACGCUACUAAACUUCAGUCAUUAGCUUCUUCCGGUCGAAGCAUGGGAUUGGCCUCUGGUUUUCUUGAUAUGAAAGCUUUCAUGCAUUGGAGUGUUGUAGUUAAAUUCGAGUCGCCGGAAUCCGUUUACACGCUGGAUGCUGACACGUCAGGUGGUCUAACGGGUGCUGAGUUCGUGGUCAAAGUGAAACGCGAAUACCCAGAACAAGUGCAGCGCCAAAUAUUUGUUGGCUCUGUAAUAAUCUCACCCCGAGAACUUAUUCGUCGUGCAAAGGAAGUACGCCUUAACGAGGGCAAGUAUGAUUUUAUCUUUGCCAAUUGUCAAUCGUGGGCACACACAUUUUGUCGUGAAAUAUCACCCGAUUUUGCCAAUAACUUACCUGCUACCAUUGGUGACUGCACGUCUUUGGCUGCAACUGUUGGAGCCACUGUGGUUUCCUUGGGUUUCACUGGUAUGGCCAUUGGAUGGACCGUUUAUAAAACACUUCAAUAUCGAAAAUCGAAACGUGAGUCGCAAGAUAAGGAAGAAUACGAAGACGAAAAUUAGCUUAAACUUGUACCAUUCAAAUCUGCCUUCAAAUACUAUAUUUAGUAUUUAAGUUCUUUACUUUUCAUUGAUCCUUGCCUUCCUUUUCAGUAUUAAGUUUCUGGGUGUGGUAUAUCAAAUUCCUCGGCUUGUGGUAUAAAAUAACCCCUCUGUAAAAACUAAGCUUAAAGUUCUUUCCUUAAAGUUAUUCAGUUCUGAAAA